UUCCGUCGUCUGCUGUGAGCCGAGGUCGACGAAAACGGAGAAGGCUCGGAUAAACAUUCGACAAAUACUUGUGCAUCAGGAAGAUGAUCAAAUCAGCCUUAAAGCUGCUGGCCUUCCCCAGUUUCAGAGAUCGAUUAUUAUCUCAAAGCUUGAUCGGCGAAGGUGCGAGAUUUACGGGUUCUGCUAAUAUUUGGCGAAAUUUUCACACCACAAGAUGUCAAAAGACAGAAGACAGGAAAAUGAUGCUGGCAUCUUUACCUCGUGUUGACGAAGGAACCAAAGGAGAGAACUUACUUCAGAUUGACAAUAUGCUAGCCAGCUCAGAGUUUGUGUUCCCUGAUGAAUCUACGCCCUUCAAACUCCACGACGGAAUACCCUACAAAGAUUUACCCAUCUGCAAUAUCAAGGUUUCACUGAACAACACAAUCAUCACCUUAACCGACUGCCACGGAACAGUGCAAAUGAUACAUAGCUGCGGAAAGGAGGGAUUCAAGAACACGCGUAAAGGCACUAACAUCGCUGCUCAAGCCACAGCCACUACUUUUGGCGCGAAAACGCUCCGAAGCGGGAUAAAAACCGUCCGUGUUCGCAUUCGAGGCAUGGGUCCUGGUAGAUUGUCAUCGAUAAAAGGUCUGCAAUUAGGAGGGCUGAACAUUGUGUCUAUAACGGACAAUACUCACGUGUCAUGGAACCCGCCAAGGCCGCGAAAAGCGAGAAGAUUGUAAAAUAUUUCAAAAGACAUUAUCGGGGUUUGGUGGAAAUACAGAACGUAGAUAUAACCAUUCAUCGCUUCACACAUGAAUAUGACCAUAUUUACUCCAAUGUUGUAUCAACAGAGAAGUAACAAUUUGUGAACUAUUUUGUAACUACUGUACAUGCAUGUACAUUAUCAUGAAAUGAUUAUUUCUUGAAAUAAAUAUGUCGAAGAAUCGCAAAGUAGGAA